UAAUGUAGUAUAGAUUUGCUCAUUUGUACUUGGUCGUGAAUUUAAUGCAUUUGGGUUUUUUUGACCAUUCCCUGGUUCUGUAUAAAAGUAGAGAAAAACUAUGAAAUUAGCAACGGUAAUCUACGCCUCGACGGUGGUUUUACUUCUCAUUGGAAUUCGAGAAAUGUUUUUCGGCUUCGAAGACAAUCAGUGUAGUAUGACCUACAUGUUUGAAUAUCCAGAGUACCAGAGAAUUAAGCUUUCAAAGAGAAUCUUGUCAAGAUUUCCUGGAUAUGGACUUUAUUUAUAUGGUGAAGGAUUAUAUGCAAAAGAGAAUCGGAAAAUGAAAUUGUCUGGUGUACCAGUUCUUUUUUUGCCAGGAAAUGCAGGCAGUUACAAGCAAGCCCGUUCUCUUGGAUCUGUGGCUCUUCGGAAAGCUGAGAAAAACAUAGAUGACAAGAUACACUUGGAUUUCUUUACUGUUGAUUUUAAAGAAGAACUGGUUGCCUUGUAUGGAGGCAGUCUGAAGAGGCAGACACACUUUGUUCACGAAUGCAUUAAAAUUAUACUGAAGUUGUACAAGGGUCAGGCAUCACCCCCAAAUAGCAUAGCAAUUAUAGGACACUCAAUGGGUGGAAUUAUAGCCAGGGCUCUUUUCUUACUCCCUAAGUUCAACCCCAACAUCAUCAACUUAAUCAUCACACAAGCUACACCUCACCAGGGCCCUGUGCUGCCACUUGAUAGCUAUAUCACUGAUUUUUACAGAUCAGUUAAUAACUACUGGAUGGACCAUGCUGUAGAGCUUCAAAAUGUCACAGUCCUGUCUAUAGGAGGAGGCUUCAGAGACUAUCAAGUACGAUCAGGUUUUACUGUAUUGCCUUGUCCUGCUGAUGAUCUCAACAAGCUUUCACUUGUGAGCACUGCUGUUCCAAGGACAUGGGUAUCCACUGACCAUCUUUCUAUUGUUUGGUGUAAAGAACUUGUUCUUGUCACUAUUCGAGCUUUCUUUGAUCUUCACGAUUCAAAUACUAAACAGAUAACAUCUGACCCAAAGAAGAAAAUAUUAGUUUUACGGCAUCAUUUUAUUAAAAACCCAGUGAAAGUGCUCAGUGAUGAGGAAAACAAUCCAUUUACAUUUGCAGCUUCACCAUACAUCUGGACUGAGGUGUACUCCUCUAGACUGAAUUACACGAGUCCAAAGGAACCUGAAACAAAAUACUUUUUAUUUCCUCUUUCAAGACAGAGAAGAUCCUAUAGUCACUUUCAUUGCAGAAACAGCAAUUUGGAAACUAGCAGUUGGGUUUUUGCCUGUUUGGCAAGUAAUGGCUCAACUUGUUUAGAAGUCAUUGACCUUUCUUUGGAAACAGAACUGCUACCAUUUUAUAAGGUUAUCACUUUAAAACUGGAUGAUUAUCCUUUCAUCUCUCACUUUGUAGUAAGUGCCUCAACGUUUUACAGCAAGGAGAUUAUUGUAAACUGUGAAUUUUUCCAAGAAGAUUUGCGGGCCCUCUCAUUAUCUGUACCACAUGUUUUAUCUCUUGGUUUGUCAGUUAGUGAAGUGGUCCUGAAUUCAACUGGCCUAAUUCACAGAAUUUUUCUUCAAGAAUUUAAUCAGGUUCAUCAGGCUUUUAAAAUACAGAUUGAAAGCAAAUGCAGACAUUUCCAAGAGAGAAUGCCUAGUGUUUACAGAUUUAGAGUGCCAUGGUUUCAUGAAGACACUGUUGUAGCUGCAAGUGUUCCAUCACAAACGGAGAUAUUUGCCAAGCUUCAUACAGGUAGUUCUGAUAAUGCCUCCAGUGCCAGCCUUCAGCUCUUUAUCAGCUCAAAGUGCAGUUACAAGGUGACAGUGCAAGUGAGUCUUUUUCAAAUCCUUGGGCAGAUAAUGCGUUUUCAUGGUUCCGUUUUGCCAGUCUACAUUGCAGUGAAUCUACUGUUAGUUUAUGAAGGCCAAAUGAAUUUCCUGAUUAAGACAGGACACACUGUGAGUCCAGUGAAAGCCCUUGUUGCUUCAGCUAAUCCAUAUAAGGUGCUGCCUGUGGUCAGUGUUAUACUUUACAUUUUGCGGAUGAAUUGGCUCCCAGAAGAACUUUUAACAGUUUAUCAUUCUCCACUGAAAGAACAGUUUCAGGUGUCCCUAUUGGUGCAUUUGUUAAUGUUUCUGUUUGGCUCAGGAAUUGUGUAUUGCAGCAUCACACUGUUUAGCCUAACAGUGAGGCUGUUAACUAUACCUCUAACUGUUAUUCAUUGGCCUGUAUCCAAAACAAGUGGUAAAGAAUUUGUGUCUUAUGGGCAGGCAAUUUGGAUUGCUUUACUGCUUGUCAUUUGCUGGACAACAUGUGCAGCCCUGGCAUUGAUCAUCACCUAUGGCAUCUCCUUCUAUAAGGUGAUCGGGCUGCAGACAUCAGAGAGGACACUGAAAAAUGUGCUUAAUUUGGCACCAAAAUUGCCUCCAAAAAAUGAUUUGUCAUCAGUGAAAAAUGAAAAUGAAGAGUUGAGAGUGUCAGAUGAUGAAUGUAAUUCUAAAUCUGUCAUCCCAAAUGGUAAUAGUCUAGUUUCUGUGUCUACCCUGGAAGAAAUCCAUGACAAUCUUCAACUUCAUAUGGAACUGUUGACUCUCCUUGCUGUACCCGUACUUUUGAAUGCACCUUCAUUUGUUUACUGGCUUAAAAAUCUCAGGUAUACCUUUUGCCUUGAUCCUGACCCUUGCUGGUUAUUGUCUAUAAUACUGGUCAUCUGUGCAGCAUUCCUUAGGAAGUCUAGUGUGGAAUCAAUACAAAAGAGCAAAUUGUUGAAAGUCAGCUCCAGAAUUCAGCUACCUCUGGCCAUGGCAAUGUUGAUUUUCUCAAUGAAUCACCUCUACAGAAUAUCCUAUUUCAUCACCUUCACCUUAGGCUUACAUGUACUCAGUGGCUUAAUUUAACCAACUGCGAAGAAUCUUGAUUUUGAACAUGUUUGCCUGAUACCAGGAAUCUUCAGCAAGGAAAGUACAUUUAACAUCUUACAGCUCUGAUAAAACUGGAGUUUCUCAUUAAAUUUCAUAUAUGUAUUAUAAAAGACUUUCAUUUAAAUGACUUUCUCUCAGGAAUUCUCAGUGAAACUCGACGAUUAGGUGUAAAGUACGUUCUUUGUACCAUUUCUUUUUUUGUUUUAACGAAGUGAGAACUGCAUUUCUUUAAUGCAGCUUUAUGUUUACAUUGUACAAAUGAUAAAUAUGACAGCAGACUUGUUCUGUAUUGUUUCCAGUGACCUUAAAGGAGGCAUAACCGAGAGAAGUUCAUGUUAUUAUUAAUAUAUUAACAUUGUACUAAUUGAACUUAUUUAAGCAAUUGUCUCCAGCAGCACUUCAUAUACACACUAGUAAAAUUUUUAUUUCUUGCCAGUAUCUUGCAGGGGAAUGAGAAAGUGAAACUGUGCAGAGAACUAUAAUUCCUACUUUCAAGAAACCACAGAUUAAUUUUAAUAAAUUGCAGAUUAUGUUCAUUUUAAGUCCUGAAAUAACCUGCACCUUUUACAUAAUGAUAAUUAAAGUAUAAUUUAUUUUUAUCACAUUGCACCAACAAAUUUCAAAACUGAAAAUCAUUUGUACUUUUGUUAGCUCAUCAGAAAUCUGAAUUUGCUGUUAUGUAUUUGAGUUGUAUGCUGUAAUUACUUGUUUAGAAAUAUGUACUUGUUUAAAUGUUUUCUGUACUGAAAAAGUGAACUGAUUUAUUGCAAGAUAUAUCAGCAGAUUUGCAGGAGUUCUUGGUAUUGAAUUUUUGUUAGUAUUGGUAUUUAAUCCAUGCUUGAUUUUUGAAUGUUGUUAUAUUUUAACAUUUUGUGCCUAUUUUUAUGUUAGUCUUUCAUAUAAAUAUUUAUUUUUCAUAAAAAUAACCAAUGAUUGUAUAGUAUUAAUGCUGAAAGUACAAUCAUUUCUUAUAAUUAGGAAAUCAGAACAUUUGCUUUCAUGAAUCUGAUAUUUUUGCCUGUAGUAACUCUCAGAUGUUUGGUAUGGGAAUCCAAAGAGUGUGCCUGUUUGCAUAUUUGGUAUCUAGUGACUAUUAUAGCUGUGUAUUCCUGAAGGAAUCUAUCUUUUAAAAUUACUGUUGUAAAUUUGAUGUGUAAAUUGAGAAUGUGAGACCAGGGUAGAUUUUGCUAUUAAAAGUAUACAUCAAAUAUGGUCACUGGUACCGUAAUCAGAUUGUAUGCAGAAAAAAUAUAAAUAUCAAUACAUAUUAGAGAGUUUUGGCACAUAUAAAAGCAAUGUUAAUACAUUACAUUAUAAAUUGUAAAUAAAAGUGCUAAUUAUACAAACACUUGCAUUUACCAUCAGAACACCAGCAAUUCCUUACAUAAAGUUUUAUAAAUAUUUAAAAGGAAUGCUAGUUCAUUCUCUGUUUUACACUGACUUAAAUUGUUAACGACCUUUUGAAACUUUAUAAGCUAGUGAUGAUACAGAACCAUCUAAAUCAUGCUUAUGACCUAUCCAAGUCUUAACUGACAUUAAAUGUUUACCAAAAACACAAAAUGUAGUUAUCUUUUUCAGGAUCAGAAAAAAUGCUAAACAUUAUUUUGCACUGUUUUCAAUUAGACUUUAUCCACUGAUCAAAGUGUUCUUGUUUUACACAAGUUAACAUAUAAUUUUUACAGAUAAUUUCAUGUCACGGUGCCUUGAAAAAAUAGUUAAAUGUUUCUAGUGUGCUAAUCUUAUAACAAGAUGAUACAAGUGUGCCACUUGUAAAAUGAGAUGCAGUAGUUUGACCAAGUAGGUGUUGCAGCUGUUUGAAUUGCUUUUGAAAUAUGAAAAUGUUAAUACUGAUGAAAAUGUUUCAUUUUCUACUUUGUCUUUUUGUGUGAGUAGUAAUAACAAUCUGUAUAGUAUGUACAGUAUACUUUAUUUCUUAAGUGAAAGCAUCUUGAAGAUAUGUUGGCAGUAUACUGGAUUAAACUGUAACAGAUAUAUUUACAAAUGACGCGAAGGGUUUCUUUGUAAAGAUUACGUAUUUGGGCAGUCCAGACAUACUUGUAGUCUCAUUGCUCCUAUAGACUGGGAGGAGCCAGCUUGCAUCUCUUUCUGGAGAAGACCUUGAUAAUACUCUGACAUAGCUACUGUAGAGAGUAAACUUUGAGUCUCCCUCUUUAGCUUGUUGUCACCAUGACCAUCAACAGGACAAAUGGGAUAGAAAAUAAAAAAGAAUGAUCUCCUAGAUUAAGCCAUAGAUUGAUACUGUAAUUAUGCUACUUUAAGAGAUGUCAGAUAUUUUCAAGUUACUGCCUACUUAGAUACUUCAUCACUGUGAUAAAAACAUCCAACAGUCAUGUUGAGGACAUUAUUCAUUAGUGCCUUUUGUAGAAAUGCUACAUAUUAAUCAAAUUCCUUUCAUUUAAUAGUUUUAUAUUUGUUUUUGUUUAGUUUACGGUGUGUGAACCCUUUGGAAUAACAUGUCCUUUGCAUUAAGUGGUCAUAUCAUAUGAUGUGAUCUUCCUUUUUCAUAUAAGUGUAUGUCAUUAUUCUCCUCCUUGGCAUCACCCAACUACUAUUUACCUUCUACUUGCGAACAGUCACCCUGACAUUAUCCAAUAGGAUAUCUUGAUAAACAUGGGAAUUCAUUUUCCCCUCAAAGAUGGCAAGCCAUCCAUGUCCCAGAACAGCAAAGCAGUGGCUUCCUCCUUGAUGUCCUGUCAUGAACAGCAUGUCCGUUCAAUGUUUUAUGUAUGGUAGACUCAUCAAUAAAGAUGUUAACCUGUUCCCAUGAUAGCUUCAAGCCUUUAGCUAUUACUCUGAGGUUUUUCUUUACCUCAUCUGCAUUGUGCUUUUCAAGUCAUCUUGACUGGGCACCUCCUUCUAGGAAGAGUUAUUUAACUGAGGACUGAUGAUUGUCUAAACUCUUUGAAAUUAGUUUGUAACCCUUUCCAGAAAUGCAAAUUAACAACU